AUGGCUGAAGGAAAGCGGACGCAGUUUGCGUUGAUUACAGGCUCUAACCGACGCGAACAGAUGCACACCUGGCGGCAUUGGACACUUUCUCGCGUUAGAGAAUCGAUACGUGAACUACACAAGCGCGUCAGCGACAUCACCGGAGGCAAACUUGAUGUAUUAUACAACAAUGCCGGACGCAAUUACGUUAUUCCAGCGCUGGACUACGACGAGGAUGAGCUCCAGGAACUCUUCCAAGUGAACGUAUUCUCUGUUAUGGAGAUGUGCAGGACCUUUGCUCCACUUGUGGUCGAAGCAAAGGGCACUGUUGUUCAGACAGGGUCGUUAGCCGGCAUCAUGCCUUACGUUUGGGGAGCGCCAUACAACGCUUCCAAAGCCGCACUCCACGCCUACUCGGAUACACUACGUGUCGAACUCGCUCCUCUCGGUGUACGCGUCAUCAACAUCGUGACUGGCGGCGUCAAAUCGAACAUUGCACGAACGCACCGAACUUUGCCACCGGGUUCAUACAUGCAACCGCUUGCUGUCGAGUACGAGCGAAGAUUGGUACACAGUCAAGAGCUGGGCAUGGACACGAAGCAGUACGCAAGCAGUUGCGUGAGGCAGGUGCUCGCUGGCGAUGGCAUAUUCUCAAAGACAAGAUGGAUUUGGGAGGGAAAGAUGAGCUGGAUUGUGUGGUUCGCGUGGACGUAUUUACCGUCUGCGGUGCUUGACUAUUACUUCACAUCAACAUUCCAUCUAAACAAGCUAAGAGGGACUGCAGGGCCAGAUAAAAAGAGCCAGUAA